AUGGUCAAGUCAACUAUCACUCUCGCCUCCGGCAAGGAAAUGCCCCUCGUGGGCUUCGGCUUGUGGAAAGUCCCCAAAGAAACCGCCGCCGACACAGUCUACAACGCCAUCAAAGCCGGAUACAGAUUGUUCGACGGCGCCUACGACUACCAGAAUGAAAAGGAGGCUGGCGAGGGAAUCCGCCGCGCCAUUGCCGACGGCCUCGUCACCCGCGAGGAGAUCUUCAUCACCACCAAGCUAUGGAACAACUACCACCGUCGCGAGCACGCGCUCGCUAUGGCCAAGAAACAGAAUGAAACUUGGGGUCUUGGAUACAUUGAUUUGUUCUUGAUGCAUUUCCCCUGUGCGUUGAAGUAUAUUGAUCCUGCUGUGCGGCAGUACCCGGCGUGGUGGAUGGAUGACGCUGGCACCGUCGAGACAGACAAGGUGCCUAUCCGCGAAACCUGGGAAGCUAUGGAGGAAAUCGUCGAAAACGGUAUCGCUCGCAGCAUUGGUGUGAGCAACUUCCAGGCACAGUCUAUCUAUGAUAUUCUCAGCUACGCCCGCCACCCGCUUUCGGCUCUGCAGAUCGAGCACCACCCGUAUCUAGUUCAGGGCGAGCUUGUCAAGGUUGCUCAGGAGAAUGGUAUCGCCGUGACGGCAUACUCUAGCUUCGGGCCCCAGUCUUUCGUUGAGUUGCCCGCUGUGUUCUCAGAGAAGGCCAAGGAUAUCACGUUGCUGUUUGAUGCGGAGCCAGUUAAGGUGCUUGCUGCUAAGUAUAAUGUUACCCCUGCGCAGGUUCUUUUGCGAUGGGCUACUCAGCGCAACAUUGCCGUUAUCCCUAAGUCAAACAACCAGUCUCGUCUGGCUCAGAACUUGGAUGUUCUGGGCUUCGAUAUGACGGCCGAUGAGAUCCAGUCUAUUGCCGCGUUGGAUAAGGGUCUGCGCUUCAAUGACCCUGGUCAUUACUUGCCCAACCACCCAAUUCGCAUUUUCGCUUAG